AUGCUGCGCGCUGGGCGCAUCGCAUUCCGAUCCUUUCGCCCUAUUACUACAAAGAAACCAGUCAACAAUCAGGGGCUUCUGUAUCGGAAGGCGUCUUCAGUAACAGUAUCAGAAGCCUUUACUGUCGAACCGAUACCAUCAGUGGGAGUUGUACCUGUUGGCGACUCAAACGGGAAUUUCAGCACGAAGUCGCGAAAGCAACAUCUUCUGAUCAACAGUAGAGCUGAAUUGCAUAAAGCUCAAAGGAUCGUCGUGAAACUCGGUAGCGCAGUGAUCACCCGAGAAGAUGAAUGCGGUCUGGCUCUUGGUAGAUUGGCAUCUGUUGUUGAACAGGUCGCUGAAUUGCAGCAGUCUGGUCGACAAAUGCUGAUCGUCUCCUCAGGUGCUGUAGCAUUCGGUAGGCAAAAAUUGCGACAAGAGCUCGUUAUGAGUAUGAGCAUGAGACAGACGCUGAGGGGUCCAGCUGGAAUUACUGCAGAUAAACGUGCGUGCGCUGCAUCAGGAAUGCCUGGGCUGAUGUCACUAUACGAGCAGCUUUUUCAACAGUACGGAAUUACAGUGGCUCAGGUUCUGCUCACAAAACCAGACAUCGAUGAUCCUCAACGACGAAAAAAUCUGCAGGCAACUAUUGAAAGCCUUCUUUCGCUCAAUAUCAUUCCUAUUGUAAAUGCCAACGACGCCGUUGCACCGGAUCCGAAACUGAAUAUGCAUAUAUCCGACAACGAUUCGCUAGCGGCGCGACUGUCGGCUGAGAUAGAAGCUGAGCUCCUCAUCAUCCUCUCGGACGUCAAUGGUGUAUAUACAGGACCACCGGACAUGGAAGGCUCACGUCUUCUUCACACUUUUGUACCAUCCGAAGAUGCAGGUGUCGUAUUCGGGGCAAACAGCAAGUUUGGAACAGGUGGAAUGGAAAGCAAGGUGAACGCUUGCGUAACGGCCCUUGAAAACGGUGUCACAACAGUGAUCACUAACGGGUUGGCCCAGAAUGCUAUCACAGAUACUGUGAAAGGCAAGAAAAUUGGUACCGUAUUCUGUCGGACUCAUAGCUAUGAAGGACCACCAGUUGAAGAGAUGGCUAGCAAAUGUCGCGAUGCUGGUCGGCGGUUGGCCUCUCUAUCUAAUGCAGAAAGAGCUGCAAUGGUUCGCCAUCUCGCUCAUCUACUUUUACAGAGGGAAAACGAUAUAAUGGAGGCUAAUCGAAUGGAUCUGAGUCAGGCUCAGAACAAUGGCAUCGACAUUCAAUUAUUCAAUCGGCUGAAAAUGACCAAAGCAAAAAUUAUGGACCUUCAUCAUGGCUUGAAAACCAUUGCAGACUCGGCUGAAACUCUUGUUGGCCGUUGCUUGAGAAGGACCAAAGUCAGCGACUCUUUGUACCUGGAGCAGGUCACGGUGCCCAUUGGCUCCCUUAUGGUCAUUUUCGAAUCGCGACCUGAUUGCUUGCCACAGGAGGCUCUCGGCACUCACGGUUACGAGAUGCGUGACGCUGUAACAUUGGUGCGAAGCCGUGAAGACGUGGCGGAACUUCUUCAGCUUAAG